CUUGAUGAACAACGGGGCAUCUUAGUCACCAGGUUUAUUUAUCUUCUAUUAGCCUGCGGUAUUAAUGUAUAAGUUUUCUGCACAAGUCUUAUGAAGGAGUGCGUCUCAAAGUCACUGACUGUAAUGAAUAUUUCCAUUGGCUAAUGCACGAUUGCAAGGUGGCAUCUGAAAGGCAGAUUACUGACAGCAAUCAAUAGAGCACAAAAGCAAUGUAUUUCUUUGAUUGUUUAUUUUGCAAAGAUAUGGGGAAUGCCCUGUGAUUUUUUGAUUAUUUCUCUGUACUCCUUCUGAAUGUUAAUGUUUUCUGAAGAUUGUUUCAGACAGGCUGUUAGGUUGCUGUUACUCACGGAAGCAGCAGCGAGCAAGGAGUUGCUGAGGCAGAAUUCACAUCAUGGCUUGGGUCAAAGGAACGAGAGGAUAUGUCAGCUAAUUGCUGCCUAACACAAUCAGAAUCUGUGUGUGUGUGCUUUGGAGACCAAGACAUACUCGGGUCCUAAGCUUUUUUUCAAUCCAGUUCCACAGCUUGGGCUGUUUGCCUAAUUUUCUUUAUGCCUUGGAAGACCAGCAACAAAGAAUGGGGACAAAACUACCUGUAACUGCUGCCGUAGAAUGUGGGCUAAGUUUUCUCUCGACUGGACGAAGGUACUUCUAUGACAAAAGCUGAACUCCCCAAUUGCCUCUUUCAGCUUAUGUGUAUAACUUGAUGUGAAACAAAGGCUCCCUGGAAACGUUUCAGGUAAUGAAGGACCUGCAAAUGAUUCCUACCAUGCCCUGAUGAUGAAAAGAAGAAGACUGUGGAAUUCCUUCGUUCCUCUUUCCUGGAGAAUGGAUGGUGAGCCCUUCACCUCUGCCUUCUUCUCUUCUGGGAACAUUCCCGCAGAAACCGGCAUCACCCUGGAACAGAAAACAACCUUUGUCUUUGUCGUUUUGUUAUUCAUUUUCCUCGGAAUCCUCAUUGUCCGAUGUUUCCGGAUCCUCCUUGACCCCUAUAGGAGCAUGCCAACCUCUACCUGGGCAGAUGGACUCAACGGACUAGAGAAAGGACAAUUUGAUUAUGCCCUGGCUUAAAAACCAAGGAUGCAAAAACUUUAUCGAUAAGUCUCUGUCAUGUGGAACACGUUUCUCGCACAGGCGAAAAUAUUAGGGCGUUGUUUUUAGGCAGCUGUAAGGCAGGUGUGGGGAAUCUUUGGCCCUCCAGAUGUUGGUGAACAAUGUGGUCAAUGGUUAUGCUUGCUGGAGCUGUAGUUCAUCAACAUCUGGAGGGUCAAAGUUUCCCCACAGCUGCUUAUGGGAAACCAGCAAUUUCCUCCAAGAAGAAAAGAUGGAAAUUUUUCGUAUGCAAAAUUCAGCUUUGGGUAUACAACGCACACAAUAUCUUUUAGCUCAGACAGCACUUUGAUUUGCAGCUGCCUUAUUUCUAAAAGGAGAUGGCUCUUCCCUCUCUCCCCCCUCAACUACCUCUCCAAACCUUUAAUGAGCAUAUCCAUAUUUAAAAGCAAGCAUGUGAUUUUUGUGGCUUGUGUGUGGACAUUAGGUAAUGUUUUUCGAGCACAGGCAAAAAAUGUAUUUCCACUCCACUUGUCCCUCUUACCAGAAAGGUAAAAGUUUCUCAGCAACCUUAAUUAAAGAUUGAUAGCUUCAAGGGCUGAUUUCAGUGGAAAAUAUGGCUCACUCACAGUACAACCUUGAUUAGGAAACCAUGACUGAAAUCAUAGAUAUAAAUCAGGAGUGCCUUUCCAAGUCUGAAGGUAUAUAAUCUGCUUCGUUUCAAAUUAUAGUAGGUUCUUUUAGGUUUGUUUCAUGUUGGGUCAGCUGUAGCAAUUUUAGUUAAACUCACUAAAAAUAUGUAUAUAUUUUUAAAAAAUGCACAUCUGCUCCCAGUACAGUGGU